AUGGCCUCUCAACCCUCCCCUCCCAAACCUCCUCUAAAAAUCCUCAUGCUACACGGCUACACCCAGUCCGGCCCUCUCUUCCACGCCAAAACCCGCGCGCUGGAAAAGCAUAUCCAAAAGUCCUUUCCCCUCCACGCCGUCUCUCUCUCCUACCCCACAGGACCCCUCGCCCUCUCCCCCGCAGAUAUCCCAAACUUCCAACCUUCCUCCACCUCAGACACAGGCGAUGAACAACCAGAGAUCUUUGCUUGGUGGCGGCGCUCCAACACUGCCAAUCCACCCGAAUAUGUCGGGCUGGAAAAGGGACUUGACGCCGUUGCCCGCGUGCUCGCUGAAGAGGGCCCCUUCGACGGGGUAAUUGGCUUUUCCCAGGGAGCCGCCUUUGCAGCGAUGGUGGCUAGUUUGCUCGAGCCGUCACGAAAAGUAUCGUUCGAAUACUUUGCGGAAACGGCAAAUAAUCCAUCAACCACCACCACCACCACUGCUAAUGCUAAUGCUAAUGCUAAUGCUAAUGCUGCCGGUGAAAGCAUUACAGGCAUCUCCUUCCCCCAAUCCUUUCAGAACCUCACCCACCCGCCCCUCAGAUUUGCCAUAUGUUACUCUGGCUUCAUAGCGCCUGGGCCGCGAUAUCGGGCCUUCUACGAGCGGCCGAGGAUCCAGACGCCCGUGCUGCAUGUGUUGGGUAGCUUGGAUGUGAUUGUCGAGGAGGAGCGGAGUAGGGCGCUAAUUGGUGCUUGUGAAGGGGAUGCGGAGAGAGAUGGGAAAGUCAUUUGGCACUCUGGUGGGCAUUUUUUGCCCAGCCAGAGGCAGUAUUUGGAUGGGGUGGUUAGAUUUGUUAGGGGGUGUUUGGAGAGGGCAGGCGUGGGGCAGGCAGAGGGGGAGGCGGAAGGGAGUGCGGAAGAGAUGGAGGUCCCGUUUUAG